AUGGUCGACGUGGAUGCGUUGAACGAUGAAGAGUUGCGCGACGAACUGGUUACGCGUGGAGUCAAUGUGGGUCCAAUAGUGGCAACCACACGUUCUCUUUAUGUCAGUAAACUGAAGCGCCUAUUAGGCGCAGAGAACAUGAGUGGUGAUCAUCUCGCUGAUGAGAAUAACGUUACCCAGAAUGGUUUCAUCACCGAUGGUGACACCCACCAUGCUCAGCCUGAACAGUUUGUUCGUGUCAGAAACACCAAUCUUGCAUCCUCUGCUUCAACGGUACAGUUUCUUCUAACGUUGAAUUUUUUAUUUCGAUGA